AUCGUAUCAUUGCAGUUGUAAAACCUAUAAAAAUCAAAUUAGAAUUUACUUUUUUUUGCUUUUUUUUUUUCUCUCCUCUUCGCCACAUCCCCCCACUUCUCUCUGGUUUUGUUUUCGAUGCUACCCGUGCUACAAACACUCCACCACAAAUAUCUCUUCCCGGUUCUCUGUUCUGGAUGUAAUCCUCUCCACCACCUACCAACCAAUAUUGGAUACGACUUUCUAUGUACAUUUUUACCUGCUGAUUCCAGUUUUUUAUUGAGCCCCUAUUUACAAGAAAGUGGGAGGAACAUACAUAUUACCUGGAAGUUUGACUGACUGCGAUACAUUUUCAAGAUGGAGAUGGACAACAAGCGUACCAACCUGAUAAUUAAUUACAUCCCACAAACUCUUACUGAUGAAGAGUUUCGUUCUAUGUUUUUAAGCAUAGGUCCCAUCAAAUCUGCUAAAAUAGUCAGAGACAAAGCCACUGGCUAUAGCUAUGGUUUUGGUUUUGUUGAUUAUGAGAAUGUAGAAGAUGCUCAGAGAGCAAUGCAAACAUUGAAUGGACUUCAGAUGCAGAAUAAAACCAUUAAAGUUGCUUUAGCAAGGCCUGGUGGUGAGGAGAUCAAAGGGGCUAAUUUAUAUGUUAGAAAUCUUCCUAGACAUUACCAGCAGAUGGACUUGGAACGUCUUUUUCAGCAAUUUGGAACAAUAAUACAGUCGAGAGUUUUGACAGACCAGGCGACUGGUGUGUCAAAGGGUGUUGGUUUUGUUCUUUUUGAUCAGAAGAAGCAAGCUGAGGAAGCGAUAAACCAAAUAACUGGCACAGUUCCUGCUGGUGGUACAGAAGCUCUACUUAUUAAAUUUGCUGAUGACAAUGCAAAGAAGGUACGUCCCCCUGCAAUGCCCUACAUCAAUACUGCUCCAUGCUUCCCAGCACCUGGUCCAAUGAGAAGUCCUGGCAAUAGAUUCCGUUAUAAUCCAGUGACAGGCAAUUACUCAACACCUAACUCUGGUUUGAGCCUCUCUCAGGGAGGAUAUGUUAUUUUUGUAUACAACAUUGGAGCCAGUUCUUGUGAAAAAACCUUGUGGCAAUUAUUUUCUCCCUUUGGAACAGUCCAGAAAGUCAACAUCAUGAGGGAUCAUCAAAAGGGACAAUCUAAAAAUUAUGGUUUUGUUACAAUGACCAAUCUUCAAGAGGCUCAGAAUGCAAUUGCACGACUUAAUGGCUAUGAUUAUGCUGGUUGUGGUCGACCUCUGCAAGUGAAGUUCAAGAACUAGUGAUUUCUAGGAAAUUCCCCUUAUUUUUAAAAUAACAUUUUUUUCUGUAAAUCCCUCCCAUUACAUUUUUUUUUUAUUAAUCAUUAAAUUUUCAUGCUGAAGGACAUACAUUAUAGGUUUUAAAAAAGCCAUGAAAUAAAAUGUUAUGGUGUAUCCUGGGAUUUCCCCCUUCCCUUUCCUUCCUCUCAUCUCCCAUUUAUUUUUUUUUCUCAUGAGUUUUUUUUUUCUCCACCUCUCACAUUUUUUUUUUCUAUUUCCAUAAUAAACCCUUGUCAUUGCAAAAAAAAAAAAGAAAGAAAAGAAAAAAAAAAACAAACUCCAGUCAACAUUGACUGGAGAUUUAGUUUACAAUUUAUUGCUAUUUACUGUAAACCAAAUAGGUUUUACUUGUUGAAACAUUUUAUCAAAAAUACAUUAUGUAUCUUAGAAAACAUAAAUCGCUUUUAGCGAAGUA